UUUCUGAAGCUGUCAUUUCUCUUCCGGGCCACUCGGCGUGGCACAUGUUCGCCGCCUACAAAGGGGAGUGAAGCACGCAGGUUGGCUGGGGAGGAGGCUCGCCUGGACUGUCGACGGGCUCUACGGGGAACUUUGAGCUCUCUGGAGCCUCCUGCAACAACAUGCUCUCGCAACUUCAAGUGUGCACAGGUGCCCCGAGAGGUCCGAUCUCUUAGGAAGUAUAACCUCCUCACCUUUUGGACUGUGAGCUCAGAGACACCGAGUCUUUGGCGUAAAGUAGCCAAACAAUUGUAGUGCUGGAAAGAAACUAAGACUUAAGUCUCGCUACUGCUGGAAAUUUAGUUUUCCCCGUGUACAUUGACAGCUGAGCUUACCGGACACAAUAGUAGCUUUAAAUGAGUUCUGUUUAGCACUUACUUGCAAGAGUAGGUAAUUCUUCAGAUCCAUUUGGGGAUAAUGAAAGAGAGCAUCUGGUUCAUCUCCACAUUACCUAUCCCAAGGCAGGGGUUGGAGAUUCUCAACCCCUAGGCUAAUUUCCAUUUCCCAGCCCCUGAGAGGAGAAUGUGUUUGAUCUGAGCACUUAUGAAGCCCAGCCAGUUCUGGAACCAGUUCAAUAUGUCCCAAAGCCUGAAACUUCUCUCCAGUUGUAGGUGGGGAAUACUAAAACAUUUUAAGAGAACUUUGUGGAUUUACUUCAGAACACUCAACAGAUCUUUGGGUCCUGAUGGAUGUGGCUGAGAGCCCUGAACUGGAUCCUCGCUCUCCAGAGGAUGAAGAGCAGCCAGCGCUCUCAGAUGAUGAUAUUCUGAGGGAAACUGGAUCUGAACAAGAUUUGGAUGGAGCUGGGGAAAGGGCUUCUGAUUUGGAGGAUGAGGAAAAUGCAACUAGGGUACAAAGCCAGGAGGAGACUCACUCAGAUGAGGAAGACCGUGCCAGUGAGCCCAAGUCCCAGGAUCAGGACUCAGAGGCUCAUGAGCUGAGCAGGGGCCCAGCAGGAUCUCUGUGUGAAGAGGGGGAUGAUGUUGAAGAAGACCAGACAAGUGACCUCAGGGAUGAAGCCUCCUCAGUAACCCGGGAACUGGAUGAGCAUGAGCUAGACUAUGAUGAGGAGGUCCCCGAGGAGCCAGCUCCUGCUGCCCAGGAAGAGGAAGCUGAGAAAGUCGGGGCAGAGGAUGAGGAGGAGAAGGGGGAAGGUGCUCCCGGAGAGGAAGGGAAACCUGAUGUUCAAAGUGUGGGAGAAAAAGAACCCACAGAGGCUGCCAAGGAGAAGAAGAAAGAGGAUGAUGAUGGAGAGAUUGAUGAUGGGGAGAUAGAUGAUGAUGACUUGGAGGAAGGUGAAGUGAAGGACCCCAGUGACCGGAAGGUGAGGCCUCGCCCCACCUGCCGAUUCUUCAUGAAAGAUGUUGUGACACCAUUAUCCACUCUUCUUCCACCAAUACCAAAUUCCAUACCACUCAGAGGCCAGGUUAAAGGUAUCUUGCCUGUGGUGCUGAUCAUGCAGCUGAUGAUAACCAAUCCAACCAACAAUCACAAGCUUAAAAGUCUGUUCAUUUCUGGACCUAACAGACACAUGAAUUUGCUCAUGCCCACAGCCGCAGUCUCUUGCUGGUGUCUGCACAUGUUAGCGGAGCUGAAUCUUGGCCAUUGGACAUGGGGACUGUGGCCAGCAGGGAACUGCACCUGGGGAAUGAACUGUAGGUUUAUACACCCUGGAGUGAAUGACAAGGGAAACUACUCCCUCAUCACCAAAACUGAACCUUUUCCACCCAACGGUGCCCCGCCUCUUGGACCUCACCCAUUGAUGCCUGCCAACCCUUGGGGUGCGCCAGUAGUUGAUGAAAUUUUGCCUCCACCCCCUCCAGAACCCCCCACAGAGAGUGCCUGGGAACGCGGACUCAGACACGCAAAGGAGGUUUUAAAAAAAGCAACCAUUCGGAAAGAGCAAGAGCCUGACUUUGAAGAAAAAAGGUUCACAGUAACCAUUGGUGAAGACGACCGGGAGUUUGACAAAGAAAAUGAAGUUUUCAGAGAUUGGAAUUCUAGGGUCCCAAGAGACGUCAGAGACACUAUACUUGAGCCUUAUGCAGAUCCUUAUUAUGACUAUGAUAUAGAGCGUUUUUGGCGUGGUGGACAGUACGAGAAUUUCAGGGUGCAGUAUACAGAAGCAGAGCCGUAUCAUAACUAUCGAGAACGAGAAAGGGAACGAGAACGAGAGAACAGACAACGAGAACGGGAGCGAGAACGGGAGCGUGACCGAGAGCGUGAGCGCAGACAGAGGGAGCGUGAGCGAGAACGGGAGCGAGAGAGGGACAAGGAGCGACAGCGGAGGAAAGAAGAGUGGGAGAGAGAGAGAGCCAAACGAGAUGAGAAGGACCGGCAACACCGAGACCGUGACAGAGACAAAGACCGGGAGAAGGACAAGGAAAAGCCAAAACCCCGGUCCCCACAGCCACCAAGCCGUCAAGCUGAGCCACCAAAGAAAGAGACCACCUCUGUAGGGCCACAGGUGAAGCGAGCCGAUGAGUGGAAGGAUCCUUGGCGGCGAUCCAAGUCUCCCAAGAAGAAACUUGGUGUGUCCGUCUCCCCAAGCCGGGCACGAAGGCGUCGCAAAACCUCUGCUUCAUCAGCUUCUGCUUCCAAUUCCUCCAGGUCAUCUUCACGGUCUUCAUCCUACUCUGGCUCCGGCUCAUCUCGGUCCCGGUCCCGAUCCUCAUCCUACAGCUCCUAUUCCAGCCGCUCUUCCAGACACAGCUCGUUCUCAGGAAGCCGGUCCAGGUCCCGGUCCUUCUCCUCGUCCCCAUCCCCGUCUCCCACACCUUCCCCACACAGACCUCCAGUCAGAACCAAGGGGGAGCCGGCCCCGCCUCCCGGGAAAGCAGGGGAGAAGUCAGUAAAGAAGCCAGCCCCACCCCCAGCCCCACCACAGACCACCAAAACUACUGCUCCUGCCCCUGAGCCUGCCAAACCGGGAGAUCUCCGAGAAGCCAGAAGGAAGGAGCGGCAAACAAGAACUCCCCCAAGGAGGCGGACACUCAGCGGCAGUGGUAGCGGCAGUGGCAGCAGCUACAGUGGCUCCAGUUCCCGAUCCAGGUCUUUGAGUGUGAGCAGCGUCUCCUCGGUGUCCAGCGCCACCUCAAGUAGCAGCUCAGUGCACAGUGUGGACUCAGAAGACAUGUAUGCAGACCUGGCCAGUCCUGUGUCCUCAGCCAGCUCUCGAUCCCCCACUCCUGCUCAGACCAAGAAGGAGAGAGGGAAAUCUAAGAAAGAAGACGGAGUGAGAGAGGAAAAGCGGAAACGGGACCCGUCCACACAGCCACCCAAGUCCUCCAAAGCUCCGACAGGUGGGAAGUCCUCCCAGCAGUCAGCUGCACCUCAGCAGACAGCCCCUGGGCAGCCCCAGCAGGGCUCCUUUGUUGCCCACAAGGAGAUAAAGCUGACACUGCUGAAUAAGGCGGCUGAUAAAGGGAGCCGGAAGCGCUAUGAGCCAUCAGACAAAGACCGGCAGAGCCCUCCAGCCAAGAAGGCCAACUUAACCCCAGACCGAGGUUCUCGGGACCGGAAAUCAGGGGGGAAAAUGGGCUCCCCAAAGCCAGAGAGGCAGAGAGGUCAAAAUGCUAAAGCCCCUGCUGCCCAAGCGGACAGGAAGCGUCCACUGUCACCCCAGUCUAAGAGCUCCAGCAAGGUCACCAGUGUGCCGGGCAAAGCCACCGACACUGCUACUGCAGGCACCAAGUCAGGGAAAGCCAGCACGUUGUCACGACGGGAGGAGCUCCUUAAACAGCUCAAGGCUGUUGAAGAUGCCAUCGCUCGCAAGCGGGCCAAGAUCCCUGGGAAAGUGUAGUGGGCCCAGCUCACUCCCUGGAGUAGACUCUUAAAUGUUUUUAUAUAUAAAAAAAAAAAAAAAAAAAAAAAAAUAGGGUAAGCGCAGCCAUUUUGGAUUUUCCAGUUAAUGUCUUAUUUUGGCUGUGAUUCUUUUUAAAAAUUAAAAAAGAAAAUAAAGUUUCUCAGCUGGAAAAGAAGCCACACACAAGAUGAAGAUGACGCUGAAUCCCAGCCUCCCCACCAGACUGAACCAGCUCCUUCCAGAAUAGAGUCUCCACAGACAGACAGACAGGCAGACGGACAGGUCAGCACUGAGACAGGGAGCACCAGCUCUGUAUAACUUAAGAGCUUCAGCCGCACAGAGGCUGGGCUCACACUCAUCUGCCUCCGUCCUCAUUUCUCCCAGGCAGCUUCUUGGGCUGCGUGUUUCCAGCAGACUCCAUUCUGGGAACAGGAAAGCCGAGUAUUUCCUGGACCACAGGCAGCACCAUCCCUCCCCUCCCUCGGAUCAGAAAUAUAUAUAUAUUUCUAAAGUCAUAUAUACAUAUAUAUAUAUGACUAAAGUCUGAUUGGAAACAUUUCCUGUCUUUUAUUUUAAGCAUCAAAUUGUUUUAGUUGAUUAAAAAGGAAGAAACAGAAAAGACAAAAAAAUAAUAAAAUAAGGCCAAGGGUAUUGUUGGGGUGUCUGUCCAAUGUGGAGGGUCUUUUUUGAGCGAUCUCCUAAAAUAAAAUAUUUUGAUAAACA